UAAUCAGAUCCCAUACAUACUACUCAAAAUCCUCACUUUCACAAACUCCUUUUCAACUUUUCUGAAAGUUUAAUUUCUUCUUCGCAGUCCAUCUCGAUUUGAACUGAUUCAUAUUCUCGGUUUCCUUUUAGUCCUCAGCAACUGCAGUGGAUUUGGUUCUCACAGUUCAUGAUGAAUAACUUGCAUGAGGAUAUCGUAUUAAAAAUCCUUGUUAGAUUACCCGUAAAGUCGAUUGGUCGAUACAGGUGUGUGAGUAAGUACUGGUGUAGGUUAUUGACGGAUUCUAGAUUUGUGAAAUUGCAUUUAAAUCAUGUUCUUGGACUGAGAAAGCUUAGUUUGGUGGUUAGUUCGUAUUACAAUGUUCACAAAGAUAUUUGGAGGUUACGCUAUGAUCCGUUGUCAUCUACGUCUAGUGGUCUUGUUACUUUGAAAGAUCCACUUAAGUCUAAGAGGGUGACACAUGAAACGGAAGUGUUAGGGUAUUGUCAUGGUUUGGUCUGCGUAAGAGUGCGAAUGUUCAUGGAUCAAGUUUUCCUUUGGAAUUCUUGUACAAGAGAGUAUAAGAAAUUAACCCUGCUAAGACACAUUGAAUCAUCAGAUGAUAUUAGUUACAUAAAAUAUGGAUUUGGUUAUGAUUGUAAGAUGGAAGAUUACAAGGUUGUGAGCUUUGUGGGAUACAAAAAGGAACGUGGUUGUGAAGUGCAGAUAUACACCUUAGGAUCUAAUUCAUGGAGAAGAAUGAACCACAUCUCAUAUGAUCUUUCUUGCAAUAAUUGUGUGUGUGAAGUGGUUGUUAAUGGAUCUCAUCAACUGAAUUUUAAAGGAGCUAUUCACUGGAUUGCAAAUGUUGACUCAGUAGGAACUCACGCCUCAAAAGUGGUGAUCUCUUUUGAUUUUGAAAAUGAGAUAUUUAAAUGAUGUUACUUCUCACCUUGUUUUGCAUGACCCAAAGCGUGAUAUUAGUAAAAUUCUUGAGGUCAAGGAGAUUGAGGCUUACUCUGUCAGUAGUUCUGUUUUCGCGGAGAGCCUAAUAUCGCUUAACUCUCAAACUUAUGUGGGGCGUGCAGACAAAGAAGACUCAGAAGAUGUGGUUGGUCAUGGUAAUAACAAAUAUUUGAAGGAGAUGAUGAUUAUAUUUGCUAUAUUUUUGCUAGAAUUGUUUCUUAAUGAUUUCUUGCCAAGAAGGUUAUAGAGCACUCUGACUUGAGCUUGGGAAUGGGAAUACCCAAUUUCUUUUAUUUGAGUUGCAAUAACUUAUUACUUUAGCUAAUCUUCACCAUCUUCCUUGCUUACUGGC